GCAGUUAUAAUGUGGGUGUGUAUAUUAGAGGUGAAAUCUACUUAUGCAAUGUUACUAUGUUCUAAUCUGAAAACAAGACGGAUUUAUGCACAGAGUAACUACCAGUAGUUGGUCUUUAAAAGCAAUAGCACCUCGAAUGUUUUGGCAAUGUGUCAACAAUAGCUCUAUCACAUACUAUUUGUUGCCCCUCCAACUCAUGCUGGUUGUACUUGACUACACGUACUUAAACAUCACAUUUGACGCCUUUCCGUGGAAGUGGUGGGUGUUCCACACUUUCUGUUCACCCAUCACUACGGUGUUUAUCGCAUACUGGUUGCCUACUAUUUAUCCACCCGGUAAAGAUGAAAUUGCUAUUAAAGGCGAACAAACUUGCUUCCGGGAGUACGCCUUAUAUGCGAAUCGGGUUAUGCGUGAGGCAAUUCUCAAGCUCAACCCCAAUGUAGACCGCGCUUACCUCCAACAAAGGGUUGUAGUUUCACCAACACUACGUCAGAAGCUGAUGGCACGUUUAUAUGGACCGGUGCUGCAAAACAAUAUAGAAUUACAGAUGCGGAAAUACGCAAAAUUGAAGAAGUAAUAUUCC